AUGCCCUCGCUCCCGCUGUUCCCUCCAUGCGGCUUACGCGCCCUUUCGCCUUCUCUGCUCUCGGCCGCGGCAUUGGUCCGCACGCAACUGACUCAUGUCCUGCGUUGUCCGUUACUCUUUCUUUCGCUCUCCUGCGCCCCUCCGUGCUCUUUCAGCUGGUGGCUUAUGUCUUUGUGCCUGACCCUCUUUCGUGCCGUCCUGCCCGCGUACCGCCUAGCUCGUCCCCGUGCUCUUGCCGUCUUCAUCCGUGCCGGCUUUCUAUUCGUUUCACCAGGGUCUUCCCUUCGCUCGUCUGCUCCCCACCCCUUUUUUACGCUGAGUCUCCUCCGCUAA